GGUCAGAUUAAGUGGUCGAAUUGAAGAUGUGGAGGGUGAAAACUCUGAAUCUCGGUUUGUCGCCUUCGCCCCAAGCGGGGAAGCCAGCUAUGAGUACUCCUCUCCGAGAGCUUAAACUACAGCCCGAGGCCCUCGCCGAUUCAGGGAAAGGUCCCUCUUUGUUCUCCUCGCUGACCCCAUACCUGCGCAGACUGGAGCUGAAGGAAAGAUGCAACAACUCAUCUCCAGUGGAUUUUAUCAAUACUGAGAACAACUUCCUUUCAGAACAGUUCAGCCAUCCUUCAACGCACAUAGACGCUGACAAGCGUGAACUAGAUCCAACUCCUGAAAGCAACUCUCUUUUCAAUACUCUGGAGGAAGCAAUAGAAACAAUGGAUGACUUUGUAGCAGAGCCAGUAGAUGAUAGUACAGUAGAGACCAUGGUUCUUUUACCCUUUUCAUUAGGGCAGCAGCAAGACCUGAUGCCCCAGGCUCACUUAGAUACCACAGCAGAGAGAAAUAAAAGCUCUCUAAAUGAAUCUCUGGGGCUAGAAGAUCUGGCGGGAAAGGAGGUGGCACCUUGUGUAGACGACAGCCUAACAGAAAUUGUUGCUGUUAGGCCUGAGCAACCUACAUUUCAGGACCCUCCGUUAGGACACAGUGACACUGAAGCCGCACCCGUGGACGUAGUUCCUUCUGAAACCGUCCUCGGUUUCUCUAUGGCUUGUCUUUCUCCUUCAGCUGUCUUGACCCAAGAUUUCUCUGUCGAUCAUGUCGAUCCAGGGGAGGAAACUGUAGAGAACAGAGCGCUACGGGAAAUGGAAAGGAGCUUUCCCACAUUCCCAGAGGAGGCCGAACUGGGAGAUCAAGUACCUGCUGCAAAUUCGGAUGUCUCAUCCUUACACCUGACAUCAAGUCUAGAGGAAAUGGGACCCUGGGAAGCCCCAGGCCCGACAACAGAAGAUGCCAGUAGGAUUCCUGGUGUCGAGUCAGAGACUUGGAUGUCCCCAUUGGCCUGGCUAGAAAAAGGUGUGAAUACAUCGAUCGUGCUACAAAACCUCCGCCAGAGCUUAUCCUUUUCUUCUGUGCUUCAGGAUGCUGCCGUUGGCAACACACCACCCUCCACAUGUUCUGUGGGAACUUCCUUUACUCCUCCAGCAACGCUAGGGGUGGGCAGCAAGGACAGUACUUCAGAGACACAGCGCCUCCUUUUGGGCUGCCGUCCUCCAGAUCUGGCUACCUUGUCCCGACACGACUUGGAAGAGAACCUGCUGAAUUCCCUUGUCUUGCUGGAAGUUCUUUCCCACCAGCUACAAGCUUGGAGGAGCCAGCUGACUGCCCCUCACCAGGAAGCUCGAGACAGUAGUACACAGACUGACAGCUCUCCUUGUGGGGUCACUAAGACACCUAAACAUCUUCAGGACAGCAAGGAGAUUAGACAGGCUCUACUGCAAGCCAGGAAUGUCAUGCAGUCAUGGGGUCUAGUCUCUAGAGACCUGAUGUCCUUGCUUCACCUGUCCCUGACACACGUGCAAGAAGGCAGAGUGACAGUGAGUCAGGAGUCUCAGCGGUCAAAAACCCUGGUUUCCUCCUGUUCUCGUCUACUGAAGAAAUUGAAGGCAAAGCUGCAGAGCCUCAAAACAGAAUGUGAGGAGGCAAGGCACAGAGAGGAAAGGGCCCUUAAGGGCAAGAAUGCGGCAGAGGCAGUACUAGAGGCUUUCCGUGCACAUGCCAGCCAGCGCAUCAGCCAACUGGAACAGGGUCUCACGUCUAUGCAGGAAUUCAGAGGCCUUCUACAGGAGGCACAGGCCCAACUGAUCGGGCUUCACGCAGAGCAAAAGGAGUUGGCUCAGCAGACAGUGAGUCUGAGUUCUGCCUUGCAGCAGGACUGGACAUCAGCCCAACUGAAUUAUGGGACAUGGGCAGUUUUGCUGAGUCGGUCUCGAGAACUCACCAAGAAACUCACAGCCAAGAGCCGGCAGGCCCUUCAGGAACGUGAUGCUGCAAUUGAGGAAAAGAAGCAGGUUGUGAAGGAAGUGGAACAAGUCUCUGCCCAUUUAGAGGACUGUAAAGGCCAAAUCGAACAACUGAAGUUGGAAAAUGUUCGCCUUACUGCAGAUCUCUCAGCUCAGCUGCAGAUUGUGACUAGCACAGAGAGUCAACUAAAGGAACUACGGAGUCAGCAUUCCCAUUGUGUCCAGGACCUGGCUGUGAAGGAUGAAUUGCUAUGUCAACUUACCCAGAGCAACAAGGAGCAGGCUUCUCAAUGGCAAAAGGAAGAAACAGAACUGAAACACAUACAAGCAGAACUGCUGCAGCAGCAGGCUGUGUUGACUAAGGAGGUCCAGGACCUGAGGGAGACUGUGGAGUUUGUAGAUGAAGAAAGUCAAGUUGCUCACCGGGAGCUGGGCCAGAUCGAGAGUCAGUUGAAAGUCACGCUAGAGUUACUGUGGGAGCGCAGCCUGCAGUGUGAGACCCUCAGGGACACUGUGGACAGCCUGAGGGCUGAGCUGGCCAGCACUGAAGCAAAGCAUGAGAAACAGGCCCUAGAGAAGACCCACCAGCAUUCUCAAGAGCUGCGGCUACUGGCUGAGCAGCUACAGAGUCUUACCCUCUUCUUACAGGCACAACUCAAGAAGAACAAGGCUGAAUCAGAAGUCAUUCUGCCUAGCACAGGCUAUGCUCCAGCCCAGGAACAUCCUCUGUCCAAUGGUAGCAGCAUCUCAGAACAGACCCCGACAGCAGCGGAAGAUGAAGUGCCAGAACCAGCUCCUGUGCCAUUGCUUGGAAGUGUUAAGAGUGUUUUCACCCGAGUAGCCUCAACGGCUUCCUUUCAGCCUACAGAAACCCCAGACCUGGAGAAGAGCCUGGCAGAAAUGAGUACUAUGUUACAAGAGCUUAAGAACCUGUGUUCCCUGCUUCAAGAGUCUAAAGAGGAGGCCAUUGGGGUCCUGCAGAGGGAAAUCUGUGAACUGCACUCUAGACUACAGGCCCAAGAAGAAGAACAUCAGGAAGCCCUGAAGGCAAAGGAAGCAGACAUAGAGAAGCUGAACCAGGCCCUGUGCUUGUGCCGCAAGAAUGAGAAGGAGCUCUUGGAGGUGAUACAGAAGCAGAACGAGAAGAUCCUGGGGCAGAUAGACAAGAGCGGCCAGCUCUUAAACCUCAGGGAGGAGGUGACCCAGCUCACACAGUCACUUCGGCGUGCAGAGACAGAGACUAAAGUGCUCCAGGAAGCCCUGGAAGGCCAGCUAGAUCCCAGCUCUCAGCUGGGGGCUACUAACUGGAUCCAGGAAAAAGUGUUUCUCUUGCAGGAGGUGAACAAACUGAGGGAUAUGUUCCUGGAGGUGAAAACUGAGAAGGAGCAGCUGAUCGACAAGUACCUGAGCCAUAGGCACAUCCUGGAGGAGAAUCUUCGGCGCUCUGACACAGAGUUAAAGAAACUCGAUGACACAAUUCAGCAUAUCUAUCAGGUUCUAUUGUCUGUCCCAGAGGUCGUGAAGAGUUGCAAGGAGCUACAAGGAUUGCUAGAAUUUCUGAGCUAAGAAACUGAAAAUAUGGUAAUGCAGUGGUGUGCACCUGUAGUUCCAGCUGCUCCAGAGGCCAAAGCUGGAUGACUGCCGAAUCCCAGGAGUUUGGGACUGACCUAACAUGGACGACACAGCAAGAACCCUGAAAAACGAAUUCCACUCCACUCCAGUUUCCUUCAGGACCCCUCAUCCCAAUAAUAAGACCAAUUGGCAUAGAGCCAAC